AUGUUCCCAUACGAAGUCAUACUCCACGGUAUAGCAGGGUCUGUCGCUGCUGUCAUGUCAACCUGCUUACUCUUCCCUAUCGACUAGAUUAAGACCCACUUAUAAUUGAGUGAAAAGAACAAUAACGAAGAAGACACAUCAAUAACCACCACUAUUAAAAAAAUACAUAAAACUAGCGGUAUUCAAGGAUUCUACAGAGGUAUCAUCCCAGUCAUUUUUGGUAACAUAGUCUCUCAAUUCGUUUACUUCUUCUGGUAUAAUUUCUUGAAAAUUGCCACUGGUACUUACUAAUCCUCCAUGCUUUAAUACGCCAAGUGCUCCAUGCUUGCUGGUUUAAUUGCCUCCAUUUGCACCAACCCCUUCUGGGUCCUCUAAACACGUAUGCUUAAAUCUAAAGGUGGUGUGAUCACUGUUGCUAUGCAAAUGUAUCAAGAAGAUGGUUUAAAAGCAUUCUUCAAAGGUCUCAGCACUUCCUUAAUUUUAGUUACUAACCCCAUCAUCAACUACAUGAUCUACGAAUCCUACAAGAUCUGGGCUCAAAGUUUGUUCAUUGACAGUAAGUAUGAUGCUCUCAUUUUCUUCUUUGGUGGAGCUCUCGGUAAAUUCUUUGCCACUGUUGCCACCUAUCCUUACUAACUCCUUAGAACUAAAGCUCACAUUGCCAAAGAAUAAGGUUACCUUUAAAUGAUCAAGACCAUUUACAUUUAAGGUGGUAUCCCAGCUUUCUUCAGAGGACUCCUCCCUAAGCUCUCUCAAACAGUCCUUGCCAAUGCUUUCAACAUUAUGUUCUAUGAACAAAUCUUCAAAUUAUUAGAAAAGGCCAUUAUCAUUUUACAUGAAAACCAAGUCUAUCAUGAAAGUGCUAAAAUUAUUGUCCUUGCUGCUUUCUUAUACAUAGCUGCCAAUUGGAAGAUUAACCAAGAAGUAAAACCUGAAGCCAAGGAAUAAAAGGAAGCAGUUAAGUCCUUUUGA